UGGCAAUAACUAAAGAUGAUCAUUGCAUUACGUGGCACAGUGGUGAAGUGGAUAGUAAUGCCACGUCAUGGCUCAGGGGUCCGCUCCAUCCUGAGCUCAGGAUUCCUCCUCAGUGCCCAGUUUCCUCCAACCUCCAUCAUAAACCAGUCAGGCAAUAACGCGGCUACCCAAACACCGAUCCGCUCAGGCAUAUUGCAGGCCACCUUCAGGUCCUCCUUCCUUUUUCUCGUCCCUGAGCGAGCCGACGCCAAGAUGAACGACAGUGUCACACUCAGGACUCGGAAGUUCAUGACGAACCGCCUGCUUCAGAGGAAGCAGAUGGUUUUGGAUGUCCUGCACCCUGGAAAAGCAACAGUCCCCAAGACUGAAAUCAGGGAGAAGCUUGCCAAAAUGUACAAGACCACACCUGAUGUGGUGUUCGUCUUCGGUUUCAAGACUCAGUUUGGUGGCGGCAAAACAACAGGUUUCGCCAUGGUGUACGAUUCACUGGACUACGCCAAGAAGAACGAGCCCAAAUACAGACUGGCCAGACACGGUCUCUAUGAGAAGAAAAAGACCUCCAGAAAACAGCGCAAGGAAAGAAAGAACAGAAUGAAGAAAGUACGGGGCAUCAAGAAAGCCACCGUUGGUGCUGCCGGCAAGAAGAAAUGAGGUGUCAGGAAAAGUGAGACCUUCAGUGAAGAUGAUCAUCCUGAAUGUUCUUGUAUAUUGUCUGCAAAUAAAUUUCUAAAAGGAG